UCAUAGCUCGGAGGAAAAGCAGCAUCCGAGAUUUCGGUUGUGUGCUGUGUUUGGUAGAGCAGGAAGAGGACUAGUUAGGGAGUUUGAGGGAGUCAACGGAGCAAGGCCAGUGGGAUCCAGAGCCUGCCUUUCAGGAGGACUAACCUGGCCUUAUCCGUCGUCCGUUUCUCCGGAUCACACUGUUGACUUAUAUUUGAGGCAGUCAUUAGCCAGUAUGGAAGAAGUGGCGGUUAUUGCUGAUGCGGCAGGACCUUCCAAGUUCUCCCUCUUACUACCCUCCCACCAAGGAUUCAUGAUGAUUUUCCAGAACCGGCCGUUAAUUGUAGCCUUUAUCUCGCUCUGGGUCGCGCAAUUCCUCAAGCCGUUCACAUUAUGGCACAAGGAGAAGCGAUGGGAUUUCAAGCGAAUUCUAGGGUCCGGCGGCAUGCCGUCGUCGCAUUCAUCAUCUGUCAUGGGCCUGGCGUGCGCGGUGGCCUUUCAAGAAGGCGCCGCGAGUCCGCUCUUCGCCGCUUGCCUCGUUUUCGCCGUCGUUGUCAUGUAUGACGCCUCCGGUGUCCGGCUUCAGGCAGGCCGGCAAGCAGAGGUGCUGAACCAGAUCGUGUAUGAGCUUCCACCAGACCAUCCCCUGGCUGAAUCACGGCCUCUCAAGGAACCCAUCGGCCACACACCCCCACAGGUGGUGGCUGGAGCUGUCGUGGGGUUCUUUGUGGCCUACUUUAUGUACCACUUCUACCCAACAGCAAGUGCAGUCAUGCAUCCCUAGGUUAGGUACCCGUAGAUUUUUGCUCUAGCUUUGAACGAUAUACACAACCUGUAACGAAAUUACUAGUUAUUGGCAAACCUUGUCAGGUGGCAGGCAGUCCUUCCUCACCGGGAAGGCAUCCAGCUACGGUAGAUUUGAUGCAGCUUUCCUGCAGUGUGCUCUUGUACCUGAAUGAUGGCCAGGAAGGCAUCAAGGAUGAUGUGUACACAUAUGUGUCAAACAUGUGUA